GUUCCGCAGUGGCCCUCGCGGGGGGCGGGAAUCCCAGUCCUACCCCUCCUCCUUCCUCUCUUCCACUCCACGCGCACGCACGCACGCCCCGGUCACCUCCCUCGCAUUCCCAUUUGUUCCACCCCUCUUCCUCGGCCUGUCCCUCUCUCUCUCUCUCUCUCUCAGAUCUCUCUGCCUCCAAUGACCACCGCCGCGGCGAAGACCAGCGCGUAGCGGCCUCUCUCCCCCUCUCCUCCGGGAGCGCCCCAUUCCCGCCAUGGCGUCCCCCACGGCGCCGCUGGGCGGGUCCACCCCGUCGGGCCGCGUGCUCGGCCCUUCGCUGGACCGCAUCAUCAAAAACGCCGCGUGGCGGAAGCACUCGGCGCUCGGCGCCGCGGCCAAGUCGGCGCUCGACCUCCUCUCCUCCUCCUCCUACCACUCGCCCGACCCGACCUCGCCCAACCCCUCGCCGCUCCUCGGCCUGCCCGUCGCCGCGGCCGCCGCCUCGCUGCACGCGCUCAUCCUCGCGCUCGAGUCCGCCUCCCCCAAGGUCGCCGACCCCGCGCUCGACUGCGUCGCCAAGCUCCUCUACCACCGCCUCCUCCUCGGCGACCUCGGCGAGGCCGCCGACGACUCGCCCGCCUCCAAGCUCCUCGCCGCCGUCCUCUCCUGCGGCGCCCUUAACGACGACGCCAUGGAGCUCGCCACCCUCCGCGUGCUCCUCGCCGCCGCGCGCUGCCCCUCCAUCGCCAUCCGCGGCGACGGCCUCGGCCAAAUGCUCAAGACCUGCUACAACAUAUACCUCAGCAGCAGCAGCGGCGCCAAUCAGAUGUGCGCCAAGCUGGCGCUCGCGCAGGUGCUGGUCAUCGUGUUCGCGCGCGUGGAGGUGGACUCCAUGGACGUGCGCGUGCCGACGGUGUCCAUCACGGACAUGAUGGAUGUGUCCGAUCACCGCCUCAACGACCCCGGCAUCGUGCAGGUGGCACAGGGGUUUAUAAAUGACGCCAUGGAAGGGAGUGACGUCCCGGAGCCAGGGACCCUGGGGGCGAUGGCUGAGGCCGAUGAGAAGGAUGAUGAGGGGAUGAGCAAGAUCAGGGAGGAUGGGUUAGCACUCUUCAAGAACCUCUGCAAGCUGUCAAUGAAGUUCUCGACACCAGAUAACCCCGAGGACCAGGUGCUGUUGCGGGGGAAGGUGUUGUCUCUCGAGUUGCUCAAGAUGGUUGUGGACAAUGCUGGACCAUUCUGGAGAAUCAAUGAAAAGUACCUUGGAGCAAUCAAGCAGUAUCUUUGUUUGUCCUUGUUGAAAAACAGUGCCUUGUCAGCAAUGAGUAUUUUCCAGCUUUUGUGCUCCAUAUUUGUGGGUUUGCUGUCAAGAUUUAGAUCUGGGCUGAAAGAAGAAAUUGGAAUAUUUUUUCCCAUGCUUGUCCUAAGGGUUCUUGAGAAUGUCCAUCAGCCUAGCUUUCUGCAGAAAAUGACAGUUCUAAAUUUGUUGGAGGACAUCUGUAAAGAAUCUCAGGUUCUUAUUGAUAUCUUCGUCAACUACGAUUGUGAUGUUGAUGCACCAAAUAUUUUUGAAAGGAUUGUCAAUGGACUUCUAAAGACCGCUCUCGGGGUUACUCCUGGAGCCACAACAACAUUAACCCCAGUCCAAGACCAAACAUUUCGGACUGAGUCAGUCAAGUGCCUUGCUACCAUACUCAAAUCAAUGGGUUCAUGGAUGGACCAACAGUUGAGAAUUGGUGAUUUUUCACCCAAAAUUUCCGAGGUCUCUUUAAAUUCGCUAGACAGUCCUAACAUUGGAGAAGAUGGGAAUGGAAUUGAUUAUGAACUGCAAUCUGACUCUUAUAGCCCAGAUACAUCUGAUGCUUCCUCACUUGAGCAACGUCGUGCUUAUAAAAUAGAACUUCAGAAAGGAAUUUCCAUGUUUAACAGAAAACCUUCUAAGGGUAUUGAUUUUCUCAUUAAAAGCAAGAAAAUAGGUCAAUCCCCAGAAGAUGUUGCUUCUUUCUUGAGAAACACUGCUGGUUUAAAUGCAACAAUGAUUGGGGACUAUUUGGGUGAAAGAGAUGAAUUCCCUAUCAAAGUUAUGCAUGCAUAUGUCGAUGCACUGAAUUUUGAAGGUAUUGACUUCGGUGAAGCCAUUAGGUAUUACCUGCGAGGUUUCAGGUUGCCUGGGGAAGCACAGAAAAUUGACCGGGUCAUGGAAAAGUUUGCUGAACGAUACUGCAAGUGCAACCCGAAUUCUUUUACCAGUGCAGAUACUGCAUAUGUUCUUGCUUAUUCUGUAAUCAUGCUCAAUACUGAUGCUCAUAAUAUGAUGGUCAAGGAUAAGAUGUCUAGAUCUGACUUCAUUCGGAACAACCGAGGAAUUGAUGAUGGAAAGGAUUUGCCUGAAGUUUAUCUGAGUACAUUGUAUGACCAAAUUGUAAAAAAUGAGAUCAAAAUGAGUGCUGAUUCAUCAGUUCCACAAAACAAGCAACCUAGCAGUGUAAUGAAGCUCUUGGGCUUAGACAAUAUUAUAAACCUUGUCAACUGGAAGCAGGCUGAAGAUAAGGCACUUGGAGCAAAUGACUUACUCAUCAAGAACAUACAGGAGAAAUUCAAAGCAAAGAGCGCGAAAUCAGAAUCUGUAUUUUAUAUUAUUACCGAUACAACCAUUUUGCGAUUCAUGAUGGAGGUUUGUUGGGCCCCUAUGAUGGCUGCAUUCAGCAUGACGCUUGACCAAUGUGAUGAUAAGGCUGCAACGUCGCAGUGUUUGCAGGGAUUCAGAUACGCAGUGCAUGUCACCUCCGUAAUGUGCAUGCAGACGCAAAGAGAUGCCUUUGUGACAUCUGUAGCCAAGUUCACAUACCUUCAUUGUGUGGCAGACAUGAAACAGAAGAAUGUGGAUGCUGUGAAGGCUAUAAUAUCCAUUGCAAUCGAAGAUGGUGAUUAUUUGCAGGAAGCUUGGGAGCAUGUGCUAACAUGUCUUUCACGGUUUGAGCAUUUGCAUCUUCUUGGAGAAGGGGCGCCUACGGAUGCUUCCUUUUUGACAGUACCUCUGGUUGAUUCAGAAGAAAAAACACAGAAAUCAAGUACCAAUACAGCCUCAAAACGAACUAAUGCUCUUCAGAAUCCAGCUGUCAUGGCUGCUGUUCGAGGCGGUUCUUAUGACAGCACAACAGCAAAAAAUAAUGCCUCAGCUUUAGUUACUCCUGACCAGAUUAACAACUUCAUAUCAAACAUUAAUCUAUUAGACCAGAUUGGCAUUUUUGAGUUGAAUCAUAUAUUUGCUCAUAGCCAAAGAUUAAAUAGCAAUGCAAUUGUUGCUUUUGUGGAAGCUCUUUGCAAGGUCGCAAUCACAGAGUUGCAAUCACCUACAGAUCCUCGUAUCUUCUGCCUAACGAAGAUAGUGGAAAUUGCGCAUUACAAUAUGAACCGCAUACGUUUGGUUUGGUCUCGUAUUUGGAAAGUUCUAUCUGAUUUCUUUGUGUCUGUUGGGUCGUCAGAAAAUCUUUCUGUGGCAAUAUUCGUCAUGGACUCCUUGAGGCAGCUAGCCAUGAAAUUUCUUGAAAGAGAAGAACUAGCAAAUUAUAAUUUCCAGAAUGAAUUCCUGCGACCUUUUGCGGUGGUUAUGCAGAAGAGCAAUGCUUCAGAAGUACGAGAACUUGUGGUUCGAUGUGUCUCCCAAAUGGUUUUGAGUCGUGUUAACAAUAUAAAAUCAGGAUGGAAAAGCGUUUUCACGGUUUUUACUGCGGCUGCUGCUGAUGAUCGAAAAAGCAUUGUUCUGUUAGCAUUUGAGACUAUGGAGAAGAUUGUCCGGGACUAUUUUCCAUACAUAACUGAGACUGAAACCACAACAUUUACUGAUUGUGUUAAAUGUCUUAUUACAUUCACAAGUAGUAAAUUUAGCAGCGAUGCCAGUCUCAAUGCUAUUGCUUUUCUUCGGUUCUGUGCUGUGAAACUUGCCGAGGAAGGAUUUGUCUGUCAUGACAAGGAUACCGACCAUCAAUCAAAUAAUUUGGAUUCUUCAGAGGGGAAUGCCAUAGUGCACAAGGAUGAUCAUGUUUACUUCUGGGUUCCUUUGCUUGCUGGUCUAGCUAGAUUGACAACCGACACACGGCCAACUAUCAGAAAAGGUGCAGUAGAAGUACUCUUUGACAUUUUGAAGGACCAUGGAGAACUCUUCUCUCAGUCCUUCUGGACCAAUAUCUUUGGAUCUGUUAUUUAUCCUCUAUUUAAUGGUGAAAUCCGUACACCCAAUGGUCAAAGUGACAGCACUGAGGAUGAUUCAUGGAAUUUUGAAACUAAAACAGUGGCUGUGAAAUGUUUAGUGGAUCUGUAUGUUACAUUUUUUGAUGUGAUGCGGCCAGAACUCACUAGAGUUACCUCUGUUGUUACCAGUUUUAUCAGAAGCGCUUAUAGACAAUCUGCUAUCACUGGUAUGUCUGUUUUUCAGCGUUUAACAGAAGGGCUUGCAAGCAAACUCUCCAAGGACGAAUGGAAAGAGAUCUUAGUAUGCUUUAAAGAAGCAGCAGCACAUACAUUGGUUGUUUUCGACAAAAUAGUUAAGAUGAUGCAAAAUAUUGAAAUUCCAGAAAGAAACGAGUCUUACUCUGAAGCAGAGAAAUAUUCAGAUCCUGACAUAGAGGAUGAAGAGGAAGCUAAUAUGGAAACAUCGUCUUAUGCCAUUGUCAAGAUGAAGAACCAUAUGUCUCUGCAACUCGUAAUUGUUCAGGGAAUUGUUAAAUUGUAUGAGACACACAGGAGAUCCUUCUGUGCUGAGCAUAUGGGCAUAAUUUUGGAGAUGCUAUCAGCCAUUACGUCCCAUGCAAGUGAAGUGAGUUCUGAAUCUGCUUUGCACAAUAAAUUCCACAAAGCAUGCUCCCUUCUGGAGAUAUCUGAGCCAGCAGUCAUCCAUUUCGAGAAUGAGUCUUACCAGAGCUACCUCAAACUUCUGCAAGCUUUGCUUCACGACAACCCAUCUUUGUCACGAGAAAUGAACAUUGAGUCACAAAUUAUGCUUGUUUCUGUGAAAAUACUACGGAAAUAUCUGAACUGUGCAGGUCAGGAACCAUCGAAGGACGCUUCUUGUAAAGAUCCAGUUGUACACUGGGCGCUGCCUUUAUCCGCUGCUAAGAAAGAGGAACUGUCUGCUAGAACCCCAUUGGUCCUUCAUGUAAUGCGGUUACUUGGUGGUCUAGAGAGGGAGUGCUUUAGGAGGAAUUUGCCCCUCCUUUUCCCUUUAUUAGCUAAUCUCGUUCGCUGCGAGCAUAGCUCUAGAGAGGUUCAAGUUGCACUGUAUGAUGUCUUUCAGUCAUCAAUAGGCCCUAUUAUUUCAGUAUAGCUUAUAUUGAUGGUUCACCAAUUGUACAAUUUUGUCACUCGAUCGUGGUAGGGUAACUUGAUUGAUGGUUACAUAGAAAUAUGGAAUAAGAAAAAGAUUACAGCUUGGCAGUGCCGUAAAUGAUUCAAACCUGUUCCUCCAGCAUUCUGGUGUUGAAGUGUGGCAGCAUCAUGUAACAUGUAACAUCGACUCAGAUACCUGGAGGGAGGAGACCUUUUGAAGGGCAUUUUCCCUUCUUUCCUAACAUUAAUUUCGAUUCGUGGGGGUUAUCGUCGACGCCGCUGGCAUUGAAGGCAAAUGGAUAUAUUGCAACAAAGUAUGUCUGACUUUGAGGUCCUGCAUCAACAGCUAUGGAGUACUUAUACAAGGGAGUGGUCUGUUCACCAGUGACCAAAAUUUUGGGGUGUAGCCUUUCUUUUCCCUUUUGAUUUGACAACAGCCUUGUAUAGGGUUUUCUUUUGAACAAGACUAAAAUAAAGUGUCUCAUCUAUCAAGUUCUUCCUUUUUUCCCAA